AUGCGUGAUAUGGAAAUGGCAGAGAGUCGUUACAGGAAAUUACGAGGUAAUGCGAGAAAAACCAAACGUAUCAUGAGCGCACGAUCAAAUGACGAAGGCAGUUUGUGGAGUGCAAUUUCCCACUAUUUGCCUGCCUAUCAAUUCUCUUCCAGUAAUACCACGAAUGUUCCUUCAAAGCCAGCCGCCACAGUUUUGCCGGAGGAGGAGCAACAAUAUUCUGUAAAUAGCACUCCACAAAGUUUUUCCUCGGAAGAAAAAGCAGGGAAAAGGAAAGGAAGAGAAAAUCAUUACAGGGGAGUGAGGUUCAUUAAAACUCGCCGUAAAUAUGCUGCGGAAAUUAGAAACCCAGAGAAGAAAGGUUCAAGACUUUGGCUUGGCAGCUUUGAUACGGCAGAAGCAGCUGCAGCGGCAUAUGAUCGUGCGGCUUUCCUUAUGCGCGGUUCCAGAGCUAUUCUCAACUUCCCUCUCAACUUUGUGUCUGGGGUUUAUGUGGAUUUCUAUUCUCAAUCUUCCUCUUCUCAUGCUCCCUCAGAUAUACCAAAUCGAAAGAGGAGAAAAAGGGUUGAAGAAGAACACCCAUCAGAAAUGGGUCUGGAUAAUCCAUAG